GAAGCGAUCCACUGUAGGUAACGUAAAAACAGGGGAUAAGAAAAAAAAAAAUCAAAGCGCAGUGUCAGCUGACUGUAAGGGAGCCUUAAUGCAGCUGCAGCUUUUCAUUCAGAUGUGGAGUCGAACAGCGGAGGCGGACCGGAGGAGGGACCCUCUCUUAGAAAAUCAGACCGCAGCUCUAUUCUAAUAGCAUUUUAAAGAUCUACCUUCAUACAGGCGGAAGGAAGGAUUUUUCAUUACCAGCAGCUGGCUAUUGGUAGUUGGCUAUUUUGAUGGGGAAAGCGCCGUUCUGAAUGCAGACUCACUGUACUGCCGCAAUCAGUGUCCUGGAUGAACAGAGCUCAGCAUCACAUUGCAUGAAAUGCGUCACCGCGAUUCAGUUUCCCCAUUUUCACAUAGACUCUGCGCUCACGGACUGCCUCCUGUACUGACUGUUUCAUCGGGUAUGCGCCGGCGGGUGUCACCGUGCUGAACCCGGAGAGUGCGAAGGGUAGGUUACCGGUGUAAGACGGGAGAAAAAAAGACGGACCAGAUGGCAACCCGAAACGCCGAGGCCUCGGGGCUGUCGGUGCCUCCGCUUCGCUGUCACGGGAGCCUCCAAGCCAAUAACGGCACCUGCGCGGAACAGCUCAGCAGCAUCUUUCUACCCUUCUCCUCCACACUCGCUCUCCUCGUGCUGGUGGGCGUACUCGUGGGGAUCAUUUUUGUUUCCCUGGCAACGUUCCAUUUCCACAAGAGGAAGCUUCGGAAUAGGAAGAUCCAGCGCGCGCAGGAGGAAUACGAGCGCGACAGUCGCAGCCCUGCACGCGCCGGUGCCGGAGCCACGAGGGGGGAGCUCGUGAGACCGUGCGUCAUCGUCCGACCGAUAAGAUGUGAGGAGGAGAAGCUCUCGUGUCAGGGCACAGAGCGUGUGGACGAUAAUAACGAGUCGAUGGAGGACAAACAAGCAGCGCACGAGGCGUAUCCCCUUGACUGUUGACUGCAAUUUCAGGGAAUGAGACUUUGGGAAAAAAUACCAACAGGAAAAGCAAUAAGGCACAAAGAACUCCCACACUGCUGCUUGUAGAGAACUUAGAAACAGUAGGAAAAUAAAAUAAAACGCAAAAUACUGAGCAGAAUAGUGCGCCUGAGCGUGACACUAGUUAGGAUGACCAGAUCCCAACAAAUUACAGGUGGGGCAAAGACAUACGUUUGUGUGUUUGUGGUACAUGUUACCAUGUUACCAGGCAGAGAUAUAUACAUUGUGAUGUAAUGUCUAUCUAACUUAAAUAAAUAAAUAACAACCACAAAAAACCCAGCAUAUUUUGUUUCCUAAGAAUUACUCAAAAUCACUUGAUAUUACUUGGCAUUUUCUUCUGCUACUGAAAAGAAAAAUUCUAUUAAUAACAAUAUAGUACUACAAAGUUAUUCAUAUUUAUUUAAUAUUAUGUUGGCUGGCUUUCACAACAUUAGGUCAAACAUAAACUGAAAUGAACAAAAUUUGCACUAAAUCAACAUUGUUGGCCUCUCAUGUACGGCCUAAGUUAUUCAUUUUUACUGUCCAGUGUACAUUGUAUAGAAUUAAUCACAUGUAAAAAGUUAUAUUACAUAGAUGAAAUAAUUACCACUAACUUGUAAACAAAGUAAGGAUUUUCUGAAGGUUCAGCUAGAAUUUACGAUACAUUUGGAUGGAACAUGACUUUGAUGUUCUUCAAAUUCCAAAUCAAAAUUGAGACAUUGUCUCAUUAUGUCAGAUGUGGGGCAAAGGAUUAAAAUGCCUUGUAAUUCCUCAGAGAGUGGGACACCUGGUCAUUCUACUAGUAGACUACUAACGUGUUGCAUAAUUAGAUAUGACCAUGCACCUUCCUAGUACACUAGUAUAUAGCCAACUGAUAAUUCCUUUUGAAACUGUAUAAAACAUUUGCUUGCUCUGACUUCUGGACCUCUUCCUCUUCCCCAGCCUAAAACCUUGUUUAAACCUUGCUGCUGUUUAAACUUUAAAUCCUUCCUGGUAUGUGACACACAAUUGUGUUAAAUUAUUGGUGACACAACACAGACCAUAAUAACUUGCUGAUCUUCCUUGGCAUGUCCUUUGACACUACCAGUAUGUACUGUAGUUAGACUAUGGAUGUUGUGGUGCUGUUAGGCAGUGUAAAGCUGCAUAUAGGCUUUAGAAAUUGCUUAUUUAUUUGCGUAGUAUUUUUCCUUCAAUAAGUGACCUAGCAUAUUUGCAUAAAGUACUCCUUUGUCCUCCAAUGUCUGUUAGACAUCAGUAGGAAGCUCUAGUUAGCCUGACAGGAUGCAAGAGUUUUAGCUGUAGUUAUGCACAUAAUAUUUUUCUUUCACGUGUCAGGCAGUACCUUUUGCGCUAUUUUCAUUUUGAAGUAUUUAUAAUGUAUUCUAUGACAUGUAAUAAAUGAAAAUCAUUCCAACAUAGGGUUCAGUUAAGUUGUUUUUUUUUUUUUUUUUUUUUUGGGGGGGGGGGGGGGUCUUCAUAAUAAAUCAUAGUGGGCCUAAUAAAAAUAUUUACUAUUCUGUAUAUGAGAGCUGGAAUGUUUUACAGUAAUGCCAUCUUUCUGAAGUUCAUAUAACCUGCCUUAUUCAAAGGAAAUAUGUAAUGUUCCAAGUUUAUAAAUAAAUAUAUAAAUGAU